AUGCCUCACUCUACACAAGAUGCUGCCGCUGGCGGGAUCGAAAUCGCCAUUGAUCGAGGCGGAACAUUCACCGACGUCUGGGCCUCUAUUCCAGGGCGAGACGAGGACUUGGUCUUCAAACUGCUCUCGGUCGAUCCCCAGAACUAUGCCGAUGCGCCCACAGAAGGCAUUAGACGUGUUUUGGAAAUCGCAACGGGUAAGGAGAUUCCACGAGGCUCGCUACUCGAUGUGUCUCCCGUCGUCAAUAUUCGAAUGGGCACGACUGUGGCCACCAACGCCUUGUUAGAACGCAACGGAGAGCGGUCUGCGCUCUUGAUCACGAGAGGAUUCCACGAUCUGUUGGAAAUUGGCAAUCAGGCUAGACCGGAUAUCUUUGACUUGACUGUCGCCAAACCCGAGGUACUGUACGACAAGGUCGUCGAGGUCGAUGAGCGAGUGACUCUGGAGAAUUUCACCGAGGACCCCGAGCAUGCCGUCGCAGAUGUGUCCUCGGAUCCGGCCCUCGUCACUGGGAUAUCGGGCGAGGUGGUGCGAAUCAUCAAGAAGCCCGACCUGUCUGCUGUGAAAGAGCAAUUACAGAGGCUGCACGAUGAGGGAUUCCGCAGUGUCAGCAUCUGCUUCAUUCACAGCUACACCUACCCAGAUCAUGAGCUGCAGGUUGCACGCCUUGCUUCGGACAUGGGUAUGAGCGUUUCGGUCAGCUCUAGUUUGCAGCCAAUGAUCAAGGCGGUCCCUCGUGGACAGUCUGCCACAGCAGAUGCAUAUCUAACUCCAGUCAUCCAGAGAUAUCUGGACUCUUUCAGCAAGAACUUCCAGGGGGGACUCACCACUGGAAACACCCGAUGUGAUUUCAUGCAGAGCGACGGCGGGCUGGCCGACUUCCGAAGCUUCUCGGGUUUGAAAGCUAUUCUCUCUGGCCCUGCCGGUGGUGUCGUAGGAUAUGCCCAAACGUCUUAUGAUACUGAAUCUGGAAAACCUAUCAUAGGCUUUGAUAUGGGAGGAACUUCAACAGAUGUCUCGCGCUACUCAGGAUCAUACGACCAUGUUUUCGAGACUGUCACGGCCGGUGUGGCUCUGCAGUGUCCCCAGCUGGACAUUAACACUGUGGCAGCAGGUGGUGGUUCAAUGCUGUCUUGGACGAACGGUCUCUUCAAAGUUGGACCCGAGUCAGCGAGCGCUCAUCCCGGACCGGCUUGCUAUCGGAAAGGCGGACCCUUGACUGUUACCGACGCGAAUCUGUUCUUGGGCCGAUUGCGUGCCGAGCAUUUCCCAAAGAUCUUCGGCGAGAACGAGGAUCAGCCUCUGGACGCGGAAAUCACACGCAAACUCUUCACCGAACUGACGGAGAAAAUCAACGGGGAGCUCUCAGCUGAGUCAGACAAGCUCACUCCUGAAGCGGUCGCCCUGGGCUUUCUGAAAGUCGCCAACGAGAGUAUGUGUCGACCCAUCCGAGCUCUGACUGAGGCCCGUGGACAUGACGCUUCUCACCACGAUCUCGCCGUCUUUGGAGGUGCAGGUGGCCAGCACGCCUGUGACAUCGCAUCUUCCUUGAGUAUUGGGAGGGUAAUCAUCCACCGAUACAGCUCUAUCCUUUCCGCUUAUGGCAUGGCUCUGGCCGAUGUCGUUUCUGAGGCACAAGAUCCGCUCUCUUGCGCUUUCGGCGAGGCCAGCCUGCCCAUCAUCCAGCAAAAAGUGGAUGCCUUACUUGAGCGUUCGCAGGCGUCUUUGAAGAAACAAGGUAUCAAGGAGGAUGACCAGGUCGACUAUGAGAUCUAUCUGAACAUGCGUUAUGACGGCUCGGAUACCUUGAUAAUGAUCCCGAAGCCAGAAGACGGGUGGGAUUUUGGCACGGCGUUUAUCGAUCGACACCGGCAGGAAUUCGGCUUCACGAUGCCUCGAAGCGUGCUUGUCGAGGACGUGCGGGUACGGGCUCGCGGGCGAAGCAAGGCCAGCCAGUCCGUAACGGCGCCGGCCAAAGAACUCUCAUCGACCCAGGUCCGUCCUAUAGCCAAAGAGUCAUCGAAACAGCAGCAAGAGGUCUACUUCGAACAUGGCGGCUGGCAGACCACGCCAAUACUGCCCCUGAGCUCGCUGGAGCAUGGUGACCAGAUCCAAGGGCCCGCCAUCAUAAUCGACAACACACAAACUCUUGUUAUCACCCCAGAAGCCAAGGCCACAGUAUUACGGAACCACGUCGUCAUUGAUGUUGAAAACUCGUCGCGGCUGGGUUCAAACGCGGCCAAUACCGGUAUCGUCGAUCCUAUCCAACUCUCUGUGUUUGGGCAUAGAUUCAUGGGCAUCGCCGAACAGAUGGGCCGCACCCUGCAAAAGACCAGUGUCAGCACCAACAUCAAGGAGCGCCUGGAUUUUUCUUGUGCUUUAUUCUCAGCUGACGGUCGGCUCGUCGCGAAUGCCCCCCACGUCCCAGUGCAUCUGGGCAGCAUGCAGUAUGCGGUUCUUUGGCAGCACGAGCACUGGAAAGGCCAGUUGAAGGACGGUGAUGUUUUGGUCAGCAAUCAUCCCGUCUGUGGCGGUACUCACCUUCCUGACAUUACGGUGAUCACUCCGGUGUUCGAAGAUGGCAAGAUCAUCUUCUACACCGCGUCCCGAGGUCAUCACGCCGACAUUGGCGGCAUCAGUGCCGGCUCACUUCCUCCCAACUCGACGGAGCUGUGGCAGGAAGGUGCUGCAAUUGAGAGCGUCAAGCUGGUCGAGGAUGGUGUUUUCAAUGAAGAAGCCAUGGAAGAGCAUCUUCUGCGCCGGCCCGCCGCCUACCCUGGCUGCAGCGGUGCACGCAAUCUCUCCGACAAUCUGGCAGACUUACGUGCCCAAGUGGGAGCUAAUCAGAAAGGUAUCAACCUCAUCAAGCUCCUAACCAAAGAAUAUGGACUGCAGACGGUUAUGUUUUACAUGAAAGCGAUCCAGCAGAACGCCGAACUCGCAGUCAAGGCAUUGCUGAAAGAGACGUAUCAUAACUUCGGUGGCAGGCCGCUCGAGGCAGUAGAUUACAUGGAUGACGGAAGCCCGAUCAAGCUUCGAAUCACCAUUGAUGGCGAAAAGGGCCUUGCAGACUUUGACUUUACUGGCACUGGGCCAGAAGUAUAUGGAAGCACCAACGCACCCAAGGCAGUCGUGUACUCGGCCAUCAUCUAUGUCCUGCGAGCCUUGAUCAAGACGGACAUUCCGCUCAACCAAGGCUGCCUGAACCCAAUCAACGUCAUACUUCCCGAAGGAACACUCCUGUCACCCAGUCCGACAGCCGCCGUGGUCGGUGGAAACUGCGUGACCUCGCAGCGUGUGACGGACGUAAUCCUGAGGGCCUUUGACAGCUGCGCGGCCAGCCAAGGGUGCCUGAACAAUCUCACUUUCGGACAGAGCAGCAAAAUCGACGCCGACGGCAAGUACACGCCCGGAUACGGGUACUAUGAGACGCUCGCGGGCGGCGCUGGGGCGGGCCCCGGUUGGGACGGAACCAGCGGCGUACACGUGCACAUGACCAACACGCGCAUCACAGAUCCCGAGAUCUUCGAGCGUCGCUACCCCUGCCUCCUGCGUGAGUUCAGCCUCCGGAAAGGAAGCGGUGGCGCUGGCGCGUUCCGUGGCGGCGAUGGCUGUAUCCGCGACAUCGAAUUCCGGAAGCCUCUCUCCAGCGCCAUCCUAUCAGACCGCCGUAGCCACGCCCCCUAUGGCCUCCAUGGCGGUGAGGACGGUGCCAUGGGAUUGAACCUUUUCAUCAAGAAAGCCACAACUGCAGCUGACGGCACAGUGACGCCGGAACGCGUCAUCAACCUGGGGCCGAAGAACACCAUCAAAGCGGACGUCGGGGAUCGUAUGGUCAUCAUGACCCCUGGCGGUGGUGCGUGGGGAGCCGUCGGGGACGAGAAACUGCGCAAGGAUGCUCUUUAUGCAGUGCAGCAUAAGAAGCCUCAGCCUCGGAUCGGCGGCGGAAGUCUGGCUGCCAGAGGCGCUCAACAGAAUAGUAAUUGA